AACAAUCGCAUGUGUAUUAAAACUCAGUAUAUACGCGUAUCGUAAUUUAAGAACCACAAUUUUGUGAAAUUUCAAAAAGUAUGAAAGAUCUCGUUGUUAUGCGAUCAUUUAAAGUUUUAUAGCGAGAUGAACUAGAUUUCAACAAUGCAAGAAAUAAUCUGUCUUUUAAUCGCAUUUUUAACUCUUUCUCAUGGUGAAUUUAGCUCGGAAAAUGACCUGCUGCGCUAUCAACGAAAACUUUACAAUAUUCAAAAUGAGACACAUAAUUACAAUAACUUAGAAACGCGGUCUGCGAUUUCUCAACAAUAUUCUCAUCAAUCUUAUCGAUUCAAGUGUACGCAAACAGGUCUCUAUGCCGAUGAAAACGAUUGUCAAACAUAUUAUGAAUGCGCAAAAAUCGAGAACAAACGUCGACUUGAAUUUCGCCAAACAGUUCACAAAUGUAAUUCUGACAAAGUUUUCUCGUAUGCAUACGGUGGUACUUGUACACAACCUCAAGAAAGUGGAAGACCGGAGUGUAGUAGCUAUUCACGGUUAGAGGAGCAACAUAAUACAGGAACUUCUUCAAGUAUACCAUUUAGAACGACAGAACAAAAUGCAAAAGAUAAUAACUCAAAUAAAAUAAAUCAAAAAGAAAAUAGUGAAAAACAUAAAGCACAGAAAAAUUAUAAUACGAAUUAUAAUUCAAAUAAUAGACAAAAUAAUAAUAAACAAAAUAAUAAUAGACAAAAUAACAAUAGACAAAAUAAUAAUAGACAAAAUAAUAAUAGACAAAAUAAUAAUAGACAAAAUAACAAUCACCACAAUGAAGAAAGAAAAAGAAAUAGAUAUAGCAGUGAGGAUUCAAGCAGUAAUAGUAGUGAAGAACAUACCAAAAAACCGAAAAAGCAGAAAGAUAGCAAAGAAAUAGAAAUGACAACGCAGCGAACGACACAACGUGUCUCAACAGAAGAAUAUUUUGGAAACGAGGAAAAUCAGAGCGGAGAAUUUACAAUUACUACCACUCAGAUUUCUACUGAGAAUCAAUCCGGAAGCGAGGAGAAAAAUAUGGAUCAUAAUACAAAUAAUAAGCAAAACGACAAACAUACAAAAAACGAUAAAAAAAAGAAAAAUGAUAAACGUAGUAAUGAGGACUCAAGCAGUAGCAGCAGUGAAGAACAUACCAAAAAACCGAAAAAAAAGAAAGACAGCAAAGAAAUUGAAAUGACAACGCAACGAAUGACUACACAACGUGUUUCAUUAGAGGAACAAUCUGGAAGCGACGAGGAAAAUCAAAGCGAUGAAUUUACAAUUACCACUCUUCAGAUUCCUACUGAGGAUCAAUCCGGAAGCGAGGAGAAAAAUACGGAUCAUAAUACAAAUAAUAAGCAAAAUGGCAAACAUACAAAAAAUGAUAAAAAAAAGAAAAAUGAUAAACGUAGUAAUGAGGACUCAAGCAGUAGCAGUAGUGAAGAACAUACCAAAAGACCGAAAAAGCAGAAAGACAGCAAAGAAAUUGAAAUGACAACGCAACGAAUGACUACACAGCGUGUUUCAACAGAAAAACAUUCCGAAAGCGAUGAGGAAAAUCAAAGCGAUGAACUAGCAAUUACUACCCCUCAGAUUCCUGAAAAUCAAUCCGGAAGCAAGGAAAAUAAUGAGAAUAAUAAAAAUGAUGAAAAUAAAAAAACUACUCCACAGAUUUCAAUUGAAGAUCAGUCCGGGAGCAAAGAGGAUAACAAAAAUAGUAACAGCGGCGAAAAUAAUAAAACUACCCCUCAGAUUUCAACCGAAGAUCAGUCCGAGAGUAAGGAGAACAACAAAAAUAAUGAAAAAACAACCCCCCAGAUUUCACCCGAAGAUGAAUCUGGAAGCAAGGAGGAUAACGACAAUAGUAAUAGCGGCGAGAAUAACCAAACCAUCCCACAGAUUCCAAUUGAAGACAGCAAGGAGGGAAACAAGAAUAAAAACAGCGGCAAAAAUAAUCAAACAAUCCCACAGAUUUCAAAUGAAGAUCAGUCCAAGAGUAAGGAGGACAACAAGAAUAAUGAGAACGGCGAAAAUAAAAAAACUACACAGAUUCCAAUCGAAGAUGAAUCUGGGAGCAAGGAGGGAAACAAGAAUAGUAACAGCAGCGAAAAUAACCAAACUUCCCAACAGAUUAUAACCGAAGAUCAAUCCGAGAGUAAGGAGGACAACAAGAAUAAUGAAAACAACGAAAAUAAAAAAACUACUCCACAGAUUUCAACUGAAGAUCAGUCCGAGAGUAAGGAGGACAACAAGAAUAAUGAGAAUGGCGAAAAUAAAAAAACUACACAGAUUCCAAUCGAAGAUGAAUCUGGGAGCAAGGAGGACAACGAGAAUAGAAACAGCAACGAAAAUAACCAAACUACCCAACAGAUUAUAACCGAAGAUCAAUACGAGAGUAAGGAGGACAACAAGAAUAAUGAGAACGGCGAAAAUAAAAAAACUACACAGAUUCCAAUCGAAGAUGAAUCUGGGAGCAAGGAGGACAACGAGAAUAGAAACAGCAACGAAAAUAACCAAACUACCCAACAGAUUAUAACCGAAGAUCAAUCCGAGAGUAAGGAGGACAACGAGAAUAAUGAAAACGACAAAAAUAAAAAAACUACUCCACAGAUUUCAACUGAAGAUCAGUCCGAGAGUAAGGAGGACAACAAGAAUAAUGAGAAUGGCGAAAAUAAAAAAACUACACAGAUUCCAAUCGAAGAUGAAUCUGGGAGCAAGGAGGACAACGAGAAUAGAAACAGCAACGAAAAUAAUCAAACCACCCAACAGAUUAUAACCGAAGAUCAAUCCGAGAGUAAGGAAGACAACAAGAAUAAUGAAAACGACGAAAAUAAAAAACUACUCCACAGAUUUCAACUGAAGAUCAGUCCAAGAGUAAGGAGGACAACAAGAAUAAUGAGAACGGCGAAAAUAAAAAAACUACACAGAUUCCAAUCGAAGAUGAAUCUGGGAGCAAGGAGGACAACGAGAAUAGAAACAGCAACGAAAAUAACCAAACUACAACAGAUUAUAACCGAAGAUCAAUACGAGAGUAAGGAGGACAACGAGAAUAAUGAAAACGACAAAAAUAAAAAAACUACUCCACAGAUUUCAACUGAAGAUCAGUCCGAGAGUAAGGAGGACAACAAGAAUAAUGAGAAUGGCGAAAAUAAAAAAACUACACAGAUUCCAAUCGAAGAUGAAUCUGGGAGCAAGGAGGACAACGAGAAUAGAAACAGCAACGAAAAUAACCAAACUACCCAACAGAUUAUAACCGAAGAUCAAUCCGAGAGUAAGGAGGACAACAAGAAUAAUGAAAACGACAAAAAUAAAAAAACUACUCCACAGAUUUCAACUGAAGAUCAGUCCAAGAGUAAGGAGGACAACAAGAAUAAUGAGAACGGCGAAAAUAAAAAAACUACACAGAUUCCAAUCGAAGAUGAAUCUGGGAGCAAGGAGGACAACGAGAAUAGAAACAGCAACGAAAAUAACCAAACUUCCCAACAGAUUAUAACCGAAGAUCAAUCCGAGAGUAAGGAGGACAACAAGAAUAAUGAAAACAACGAAAAUAAAAAAACUACUCCACAGAUUUCAACUGAAGAUCAGUCCGAGAGUAAGGAGGACAACAAGAAUAAUGAGAAUGGCGAAAAUAAAAAAACUACACAGAUUCCAAUCGAAGAUGAAUCUGGGAGCAAGGAGGACAACGAGAAUAGAAACAGCAACGAAAAUAACCAAACUACCCAACAGAUUAUAACCGAAGAUCAAUCCGAGAGUAAGGAGGACAACGAGAAUAAUGAAAACGACAAAAAUAAAAAAACUACUCCACAGAUUUCAACUGAAGAUCAGUCCGAGAGUAAGGAGGACAACAAGAAUAAUGAGAACGGCGAAAAUAAAAAAACUACACAGAUUCCAAUCGAAGAUGAAUCUGGGAGCAAGGAGGACAACGAGAAUAGAAACAGCAACGAAAAUAACCAAACUUCCCAACAGAUUAUAACCGAAGAUCAAUCCGAGAGUAAGGAGGACAACAAGAAUAAUGAAAACAACGAAAAUAAAAAAACUACUCCACAGAUUUCAACUGAAGAUCAGUCCGAGAGUAAGGAGGACAACAAGAAUAAUGAGAACGGCGAAAAUAAAAAAACUACACAGAUUCCAAUCGAAGAUGAAUCUGAGAGCAAGGAGGACAACGAGAAUAGAAACAGCAACGAAAUUAACCAAACCACUCCACAGAUUCCAAUUGAAGAUGAAUCUGACAGCAAGGAGGGAAACAAGAAUAAAAACAGCGGCGAAAAUAAUCAAACUACCCCGCAGAUUUCAACUGAAGAUCAGUCCGAGAGUAAGGAGAACAACAAGAAUAAUGAGAAUGGCGAAAAUAAAAAAACUACACAUAUUCCAAUCGAUGAUGAAUCUGGGAGCAAGGAGGGAAACAAGAAUAGUAACAGCAGCGAAAAUGACCAAACCACCCAACAGAUUAUAACCGAAGAUCAAUCCGAUAAUAAGGAGGACAACAAGAAUAAUGAAAACGACGAAAAUAAAAAAACUACUCCACAGAUUUCAACUGAAGAUCAGUCCGAGAGUAAGGAGAACAACAAGAAUAAUGAGAAUGGCGAAAAUAAAAAAACUACACAGAUUCCAAUCGAAGAUGAAUCUGGAAGCAAGGAAAACAACAAAAAUAAUAACAGCGGCGAAAUUAACCAAACCACCCCACAGAUUCCAAUUGAAGAUGAAUCUGGCAGCAACGAAGGAAACAAGAAUAGAAACAGCGACGAAAAUAACCAAAUCCCACAGAUUCCAACCGAAGAUCAGUCCGAAAGUAAGGAGGACAACAAUGAUAAUGAGAACGGCGAAAAUAAAGAAAAUACUCCACAGAUUCCAAUCGAAGAUGAAUCUGGAAGCAAGGAAAACAACAAAAAUAAUAACAGCGGCGAAAUUAACCAAACCACCCCACAGAUUCCAAUUGAAGAUGAAUCUGGCAGCAACGAAGGAAACAAGAAUAGAAACAGCGACGAAAAUAACCAAAUCCCACAGAUUCCAACCGAAGAUCAGUCCGAAAGUAAGGAGGACAACAAUGAUAAUGAGAACGGCGAAAAUAAAAAAACUACACAGAUUCCAAUCGAAGAUGAAUCUGGAAGCAAGGAAAACAACAAAAAUAAUAACAGCGGCGAAAUUAACCAAACCACCCCACAGAUUCCAAUUGAAGAUCAGUCCGAAAGUAAGGAGGACAACAAUGAUAAUGAGAACGGCGAAAAUAAAGAAAAUACUCCACAGAUUCCAAUCGAAGAUGAAUCUGGAAAUCAGGAGGAGAACAACAAAAAUAGUAACAGCGACGAAAAUAAAAAAAGUACUCCCGAGAUUCCAACCGAAGAUGAAUCUGGAAGCAAGGAGGAUAAGAAAAAUAGUAAGAGCGACGAAAAUAACAAAACUACCCCACAGAUUCCAAUCGAAGAUCAGUCCGAGAGUAAGGAGGACAACAAAAGUAAUGACAGCGUCGAAAAUAAAAAAAGCACUCCACAGAUUCCAACCGAAGAUGAAUCUAGAAGCAAGGAGGACAACAAAAAUAGUAACAGCGACGAAGAUAACAAAACUACCCCACAGAUUCCAACCGAAGAUGAAUCUGAAAGCAAAGAGAACAGCAAAAAUAACGAAAGCGCCGAAAAUAAAAUUACCACACCUCAAUUUCCAACCGAAGAUCAGUCCGGGAACAAGGAAAACGAUAAGGAUAAUGAGAACGGUGAAAAUGAGAAAACUACUCCACAGAUUCCGACCGAAGAUGAAUUUGGCAGCAAGGAGGACAGCAAUAACAGUAACAGCGGCGAAAAUAAUAAAACUACUCCACAGAUUUCAACCGAAGAUUAUUUAGAAAUCGAAAAAGAAUCAAAUGAAUCUGUUUCAGAAUGUAUUUCUCCUGGUUUCUUCCCAAAUCUCGAUGAUUGUACAAUGUUCUAUAGAUGUGUUGAAAUAGAAUCGAAAAUAUUGAAAAAGUUUGAUUUUGUUUGUCCUCAAGGUACUGUAUGGGAUCAAGACAAAAUAACUUGUAAUUUCCCAUCGGCUGUGGAACACUUGUCAUGUAAAAACAAGGAUGAUAAUGCAUCUAAGAAAGAUGGAGAAAGCAAUGAGAAUGAAUCUGUUUCAGAAUGUAUUUCUCCUGGUUUCUUCCCAAAUCUCGAUGAUUGUACAAUGUUCUAUAGAUGUGUUGAAAUAGAAUCGAAAAUAUUGAAAAAGUUUGAUUUUGUUUGUCCUCAAGGUACUGUAUGGGAUCAAGACAAAAUAACUUGUAAUUUCCCAUCGGCUGUGGAACACUUGUCAUGUAAAAACAAGGAUGAUAAUGCAUCUAAGAAAGAUGGAGAAAGCAAUGAGAAUGAAUCUGUUUCAGAAUGUAUUUCUCCUGGUUUCUUCCCAAAUCUCGAUGAUUGUACAAUGUUCUAUAGAUGUGUUGAAAUAGAAUCGAAAAUUUUGAAAAAGUUUGAUUUUGUUUGUCCUCAAGGUACUGUAUGGGAUCAAGACAAAAUAACUUGUAAUUUCCCAUCGGCUGUGGAGCACUUGUCUUGUAAAAACAAGGAUGAUAAUGUAUCUAAGAAAGAUGGAGAAAGCAAUGAGAAUGAUAAACAAACUACCACCGACUUUCCAACAUCUACUGAAUUUCCGACAGAGUCAACUAUUCCUACUGAAUUACCUUGUCCUAUUGGAAAAUUGACAGGAGAUCAAAUGGUUUUAGUUUGCCCAACCGGUUUCCGACGUCAUCCAAGAUACUGCAAUCUUUUCUAUCAAUGUACAACAACAAAUAAUAUAGAUGCUAAAGUUGUUGUUUUCAUCUGUCCAGAAGGCAAAAUUUUUGAUGAUAAAAAGAUACAAUGCGUGAAUAAAGAAGGCUUCUAUGAAAUUCUCUAUUCACAUAUCAAUUGUAAGAAUUUUGAUUCCUCUACUGCAGAUAUAUCAAAAACAUUCUUAGAAGCUCCUACGAGAAAAUUAUGUCCAGGAAAAGGUCAUUAUCCUUAUAGUAAAGAUUGUUCAAAUGCAUAUUAUAAGUGCAAACGUGAUUCGCAUGGUGUGUUGCAAGGAUAUCUCUUUAAAUGUUCCAAUGGACAAAUAUUUUCAAGUGUUUCAAGACGUUGCGAACAUACUGAAUAUCCAAUAUGCAAUCAGCCUUGCAAACAGAGAAAUGAUAAUAGAAAACUUACACCAUCUAAAGAAAUAUUUAUCAGUUAUCAUGAAGUGUUUUAUGAAGGCGCGACUUUACCACCACAAAAUAUUGCUAGAAAUUAAAUAAAUUUAAACUAUUGAUUUUAUAUAUACUAUUAUCAAUAUUCGUUAU